ACGCGCACGUGCCCGACGUGCGGGGGGGCCGGGACUGCUCGCGGAGUCGGUGGCUGUGUUGGGGCGCGAGCGCGCGCGCGCGUGUGCGCGGGUGUUUGUGUGUGCGCGCGCGCUUGUUCCGUGGCAGGUUCCGCCCCUCUCAGGCGUGCCGGCGUCCCCGGGCAUCCCAGCCAUGUGCUCCCUAGCGUCGGGCGCUCUCGGUGGCCGGGGCGCGCUGGAGGAAGACGACGACCCACCCGAGCUGUCAGACAGCGGCGACGAGGCCGCCUGGGAGGACGAGGACGAUGCCGAGCCCCCCCACGACAAGCAGCAGACCCCCUGCCUGUUCUGUGACAGGUUAUUUACAUCUGCAGAAGAAACAUUUUCACACUGUAAGACUGAACAUCAGUUUAAUAUUGGUAACAUGGUCCAUAAGCAUGGACUUGAAUUUUAUGGAUAUAUUAAGCUAAUAAAUUUUAUUCGACUUAAGAAUCCUACGGUCGAGUAUAUGAAUUCAAUAUACAACCCAGUGCCUUGGGAGAAAGAAGAGUAUUUGAAACCUGUAUUAGAAGAUGACCUUUUGCUUCAGUUUGAUGUAGAAGAUCUGUAUGAACCAGUGUCAGUCCCACUCUCAUACCCCAAUGGACUCAAUGAAAAUGCAUCCGUUGUUGAAAAAUUGAAACAUAUGGAAGCCAGGGCACUGUCUGCUGAAGCUGCACUAGCUAGAGCACGCGAGGAUCUGCAAAGAAUGAAACAAUUUGCUCAAGAUUUUGUGAUGAACACAGAUGUCAGAACCUGCGCGUCAUCGACUACUGCCAUUGCGGAUCUUCAGGAGGAUGAAGAUGGUGUUUAUUUCAGCUCAUAUGGGCAUUAUGGGAUACAUGAAGAAAUGCUAAAGGACAAAAUACGAACAGAAAGUUACCGUGAUUUUAUAUACCAAAAUUCACAUAUCUUCAAAGACAAGGUAGUUUUGGAUGUAGGUUGUGGAACUGGAAUCCUGUCUAUGUUUGCUGCUAAAGCUGGCGCUAAGAAAGUUUUUGGAGUUGACCAAUCUGAAAUACUUUACCAGGCAAUGGAUAUCAUAAGACUAAAUAAACUUGAAGAUACUAUUACACUAAUUAAGGGAAAGAUUGAAGAAGUUCAUCUUCCUGUGGAAAAAGUGGAUGUUAUUAUAUCUGAAUGGAUGGGCUAUUUUCUUCUUUUUGAAUCUAUGUUAGAUUCUGUACUUUAUGCAAAGAACAAAUACUUGGCAAAAGGAGGAUCGGUCUACCCUGAUCUUUGCACUAUCAACCUUGUGGCAGUAAGUGAUACAAAUAAGCAUGCUGAUAGAAUUGCCUUCUGGGAUGAUGUCUAUGGCUUCAAUAUGUCCUGCAUGAAGAAAGCAGUUAUUCCAGAAGCUGUUGUGGAAGUUUUAGAUCCCAAAACUCUUAUAUCAGACCCAUGUGGUAUUAAGCACAUAGAUUGCCAUAUGACGUCUAUCUCAGAUUUGGAGUUUUCUUCAGACUUUACCCUGAAAAUCGCAAAGACAUCCUUGUGCACGGCACUUGCUGGCUACUUUGAUAUAUAUUUUGAAAAGAAUUGCCAUAACAGGGUCGUGUUCUCAACGGGCCCUCAGAGUCCCAAAACACACUGGAAACAAACAAUAUUUCUAUUGGAAAAGCCAUUUUCAGUGAAAGCAGGUGAAGACUUGAAAGGAAAGAUCACAGUCCACAAGAACAAGAAAGAUCCACGUUCUCUCGUUGUGACCCUCACAUUGAAUAAUUUGACUCAUACUUAUGGCCUCCAAUGAAAGACAUCAACACAGAAAGACACAAAAGCACAAAUUUUAAAAGUGUGGUGGUAUUGGUAAGGAGAGUUUCAUGCGAGUACAUGGAGAGAGUCUUUCCUAAUGAGUUUUCGCAGGAGAAGAAUGGUAGGAACUACUAGAGUUCAGCUGAAGAAGAGCCAACUGAUCCUAAUGGGCUCCCUCUGUUAUUCUCUGAAGUAUGGAAUAAAAUCUAAUUUCUGCAUCGAGUUUACUUACAUUGACAGUUUCAGCUAUUCUUUCUUAUUUUUAAUGUUUCUUACUAUAAAUCAAACACUGAAAUUAUUUUGGAUAAUAUUUUGUUAAACUAGUAAGCACAUAAAAAGAUACACAUUUUAUUUUAUAUUCUCUAAAGAGAAGUAGAUUUUUUUAUCAUUUACUAGAGCAUCAGAACACAAUAAGAGGCUAAAAAACAGAAAAGAAUGAUCAGACUUCUAACAAAAAUCAUAUUUGAAGACACCUUAGUUUGAUUUACCUACUAAAGUUUUAGUUCUCAUUUUGUAACUUCUCUCUUCGCAAAUAUUCUUCAAUAAUAUCAUUUUCUAGGGAAGACCCUCAUUUCAAUACAUUUGUCCUAAGUGUCAUAAGAGUUUAAAGAGUUGAAUAAAUAGUGUUCUUGGCUAUCAAAAUAUUAAUCUUUUUCAAAUUAGAUUUAUGUGCGAAAUUAAAAUUAAUUAACAUACUUUAUAAAAUUACAUAAUUUACAGUGACUGAUUCCAUUUGAAAUACAAAAAGACAGUAAAUAAAAAUAAACAGCAUUUUUUAAAAAAAAUUUUAUUAGUGAAUCACCGUGAGGUACAGUUACAAACUUAAGAACUUUCGUGUUUGCGUUUUGUUUACAUCCCUCCACUGGUGCCCAUUCUCCUCCACCAAUGUUCACAGUAUCUCUCCCACCCCACCCCACCUCAUAAACAGCAUUCUAAAAUGGUAUUUCAGCUACAUACCUAUUUAAAAUAAGAAGCAUUUCAAGGUUUUGUUUUGUUUUGUUUUUACUUUUUAAAUUUUUUUUAUUGAGUCACUGAGAGCAAUUCAAGGAAUUCUUAAGAAGAAACAAGACAGGAAUUUUUCAGGCCAAAAGAAGACUCAGAGGCUCCAGCGCUAGCUUUGCAGGUACGAAUCCUCCAGUUCCGUCAGUGGUGCCACUUGCAUGAACCAGUGGCAGCCCUGGCAGCUCUGCUGUCUGAUCCCCAGUGCCACAAGCAAUUUCUAGCCACACCCAGGAGGCUCAGAGCACGUGUGAGCAACAGAGCCAAAGUCUUCUGUUUUCCUAGCAAGCAUCACAGCUAAACAGCGCAACUCCACAGUGAGCACCACAGCUGCAUCUGUGAGAAUGGCAACCUGAAAUGACCUCCAGGCAUCACAACAAAUUCUGCAAGUGCCACAGCCAAGUAUGUGUGCGACCCUCUCACGGGAUUUUAAGGAGAGGUGUUCUGUAUUCAGUUCUAAACAUCAGGUGUUUUGUUUGUUGUUGUUUUUCAAAACUACAUGCACAGUAUGCGUAUGCUAACAUAGCAUGACUUAAUGCAUGUGGAGUGUUUAUACCAAGAAAGACCUGACACUUUGAUAUCAUUGAGUAAACGCUAGGUGACCGUAUCAUCAUAAUGCAGUUAAAAAUUCUUUCUCCAAAAUAUAUUGCAUUACCUUAGAUGAGUUUAAGGAAGUAAUACUCAUGAAAUAAUAAUUACAGCAUGUUCUACCGGGAGUAGUGUCUUUUCAUUUGUUAUACAAAGGAAAAGUCCUGGCCUAUGUUGAACAAGUGGAUAUUAUCCAAAGGACUGUCAUUAUUUCUUUGCUUGAAGUCACAGUUUACAAAGAACCGGUUGAAGAGGUUGAAUGAGAAUUUAUACUAGCUACCCUGGUAUAUGAAUGUGUGGGACUGUUGUGACAGAUAAAUAUUUAGCGACAAAUUUGUUUUGGAAAUUUUAUUUCUAUUAGAAAACUGUGCUUCUAGUAAUGAAGAAAUUCACCCUUUAAAUGAUAAUAUUUCUGGCUGAGAAUGUAGCUCUGUAGUAGAACAGUUGCCUUGCAUGAGUAAAGUCCUGGACUCAAUCCUUGGCACUGCAAAAAUAAUAAUAAACUAAUAAAUUGUAAUGUUCUGUCUUUCUUAAGCACUUCUCUUUUACUGGGUUUAAACAUCCAGAUUUGUUUUGACCAUAGAUUUGAAUUCAAAAUGUUACCAGAAAUGUGUGGUGCUGAUAAUACCAAUCAAAGUAAUUUUGAUUUUGUCUGGAAUAGCGUCUUGUACAGAUUUGAUUAAGUUGAGCUAAUAAAAAUAAGGAAACUCAUUCAGAUUUAUGGAUUUGUUUUUAAGUAGCCCAAAGCAUUUUUAUCUUAUAAAUGCAUGAGAAAUAUUCUUUACUAGUUUUCUGAUCUCAAAAAUUAUUUCUCUUCAAAGUUCUUACUUUUUAUGGAAUCCUUCACUUCAGGACUCUUCUGAGUUCUUGUUUAUAACUUGCCCAACUGUAGUUUAAUGGAGCUCUUUUAUAUACAGUGAACUCUCCCAGACUGGCACAUUUUCAUUUGUGUGCCUGAGUGUUCUGUGAGCAUUUAGUAUCCAAAACAUUAGCUCUUCAGCUGAAAUUUCUGCUUUUAAACUGCUGGCAGGCCAGGGAGUGGGGGAUAGUAACCUAAAGCUCUUGACAAUGGUAAACAUAAAAUCUCAAUGAAUAUGCUAUAUGGAACAUGGUGUGUGGAAAAAGAAUCUCGAGAAUGGAACUUUAUGUGUGUUUCAACUAAGAAUGGAUUUCUUUAACCUGCUUUGUUUUCUAUUUAAAAGACCAAUUUUCCUUGUACCUACUCCUGAGUAGAGACUACGAGAAUUUUCUUUCUCUUUUAAAUAAUCUACCCAGAAAGCAAAGAUUUUGUACGACAUACUGUCUUUACAAUAUCAUGUUAUGUAAAACUAACCUUGUCAGUAUUAAAAGCUACAUUUUUCCCAAAAUUA